AUGCGGUUCUCCUCCGGAUCCCUCAUGACAGCCUUGUUUGUGGCAUCGGCCACGGCGCAAACAUUCAACAGUGCCAACGUCCGCAUCACCUUCUACAGCUUCGUGGACAACACGGACAACCUGGACGGCGACUGCAACGCCAACUGCGAUGCCGGUGGCACGGCGGGCAACUUGGAGCUGGCCAUGCAAUGCCCCGGCCGAUCCGGUCUUGCCGGUGGCGUCGGGACCCAAGAUAGUCCCAUCACCGCCGCGAGUGCGGGUGACGGCCUCCCCGUCCAAGCAUGCGGCUCCUUCUAUGUCCCGUACUUGCAGAAAUGGUUCAUAUAUGAGGAUUUCUGUACCGACUGUGAGGCCGAUCCUCCCCAUUUUGACCUCUUCGCCGGCGGUGGGCCGGACAACAACUUUUGCCCGAACAUUUGCGACUGUGAAAACCAGCUGACUCCAGGUGGAGACACGUAA